GUUUUGAUGUUGCAAAGACAGGUGAUGCCCGAAUUGGGUUUGUGGGUUUUCCAUCAGUGGGGAAAUCUACUCUUCUAAGUAAUCUUGCUGGUGUAUACUCUGAAGUGGCAGCAUAUGAAUUCACUACACUAACUACUGUGCCUGGAGUCAUUAGAUACAAAGGAGCAAAGAUACAGCUACUUGAUCUCCCAGGAAUUAUUGAAGGUGCCAAGGAUGGUAAAGGCAGAGGACGGCAAGUCAUUGCAGUUGCUCGAACCUGUAAUCUCAUUCUGAUUGUUCUGGAUGUGCUGAAACCCCUUGGUCACAAGAAAAUCAUUGAGAAUGAACUGGAGGGAUUUGGAAUCCGUCUGAAUAGUAAGCCCCCCAAUAUCGGCUUUAAAAAAAAGGAUAAAGGAGGCAUUAACCUUACAGCCACAUGUCCUCAGAGUGAGCUGGAUACUGAAACAGUGAAGAGCAUCUUAGCAGAGUAUAAAAUUCACAAUGCUGAUGUCACACUGCGCAGCGAUGCCACUGCUGAUGACCUAAUUGACGUUGUGGAAGGGAACAGGGUUUACAUCCCAUGCAUUUACGUCCUAAAUAAAAUUGACCAGAUUUCCAUUGAGGAACUAGAUAUUAUUUACAAAGUACCCCACUGCGUACCAAUAUCUGCUCAUCAUCGCUGGAACUUUGAUGAUCUGCUGGAGAAAAUUUGGGACUACUUGAAGCUAGUACGAAUCUACACCAAACCUAAAGGGCAGCUCCCAGACUACACCUCUCCUGUGGUACUACCUUACUGCAAGACCACAGUGGAGGAUUUUUGCAUGAAGAUCCACAAAAAUCUCAUUAAAGACUUUAAAUAUGCACUGGUCUGGGGUUCAUCUGUUAAACACAACCCUCAAAAAGUUGGUAAAGACCAUACUCUUGAAGAUGAAGAUGUUAUUCAGAUUGUGAAGAAAUAAAGUUUUUCUGACAUGG